CCAUAAAAAUGUAAAACACAAUUAAUUAAGAAUGUAGUCCCGUUUCUAUUUGAGCAAAAACUUGUUCCAGUUAUAUAUUUCCUUUUUCUGGUUUAUGAAAUGGAGAAUAUCGACAUCAAAAACCUGCUGAAUGAACUAACAGAAGGCAGAGAGUUGGCAAAACAGCUGCAAAUUCAUCUCAACGUCUUAUCUUCUUCCCAUAAAACUCGCGAAGUUUUAAUCGACAGGAUUCUUAAUUCCUAUGAUCAAGCGUUGUCUAUGCUGAAAUAUAGUGGCACGUCUGGGGAGACACAACAGGGAGGGUUAAGGAUUGGAACCUUGGACUCUCCAAGGUCCCUCAGUGGCAGUCCUCGUAGCGAUGGUUCUGAUCACGAGUUUAAGGAUCAAGACGCCAAAGAGGGUUCUAAGAAAAGAAAGGCAAUGCCUCGGUGGACACAGAAAGUUCAAAUAGAUCCAGCGACCGGAGUAGAAGGACAUGGUGAUGGCUACAGUUGGAGGAAGUACGGACAAAAAUACAUCCUAGGAGCCAAUCAUCCGAGAGGCUAUUAUAGAUGCACGCAUCGACACUCCCAGGGCUGUUUGGCUACGAAGCAAGUUCAAAGAUCCGACCAGGACCCAACUAUCUUGGAAGUAGCAUGCAAAGGAAUGCACACUUGCACCCAAGGGACAAAUACGAGUCCAAAAACAUCAAUAGAUCAAGAACCAAACAUGGCAGAAAAUCGUCAGCAAAACCAGGCACAACUCUUGGAUUUCCAAACAAAAGAUUUAGACACACCUGAAACAUUUCAGCCACUUAACACCAACCCUUCUCCAUCAUCAUCAAGAAUUAAUCCUCAAGACGAUGUUUUUUCAGCUGCAAUGAUGGACACUAACAUUUAUUCCCCCUCGUUUAUGUCAUCGGAGCCUCACUUUUUCUCGUAUUUGCCUUCACUUAUGGAGGGGGAUCAUGGAAGUAGCUCCAAUAUGCGAACCUCAGAAUCCAAUGCCCAAAAUAUUGGUAUAGACUUCCCAUUUGGUCAGCUGGAUCUUGACUCAAACUUUCCCUUUGAUAAUCCUAAAUAUUUUCCAUGAUCUUCAGAUAUUUCUAGAGAGAGAGAGAGAAUAAAUUUGAGCUACAUCAAGCAAUUUUCCUCAUUAAUCCUAUCUUAAGAAAGUUUUCUUUGUUUUAGAGCACUCAGUAAAGGUAUAGUCAAAGGUUUCUACACAUGCUCAAGAUCAAAAAAGUAGUUGUUUGGGAACUGAUUCGAGCAAGUGUUUAAUCAUUGAAAAUAUUGCAGUUUAACAAUUUAGUGAGCUCUCUAAUAAAAUAGUCAUUUGUGGUUCCUUGUUCCAACAAUCUUAUAUUGAAAGUUCUCUUAUAAGUA